AUGGGGGUUCCUCUGCCUAAAGCUGGGCUUCAAGCUCUGAUUCUAUGCGGCCCUGGGACAUCAUUUGGGACUCUUCUCGAUCAAGAGAAGACCCCGAAAUGUCUUGCCCUAAUCGCUAACAGACCGAUGAUAUAUUACCCGCUAAAGUUCUGCACGAUAUCAAAUAUCAGUGAUGUCACACUGAUCACACCUCCCUCUGCCCUUGCUCAUAUCAAAUCUGCCUUACAGCAAGACCCUUAUCUGAAAUCGCUUCCUGUGCCAAAAGUCAUCGCCCCUCAAGACCUUCAAGCAGCAAUGGCAACAGCACAGUUGCUUCGCCUUCCCGAGGUGCAAUCUUGCAUAGAAUCCGAUUUUUUCCUCCUGCCUUGCGAUCUCGUCUGUGAAAUCGAGGGCACAUAUUUGCUACAGAUAUGGAUGGCGUCUCAAGGUCAGAGCGUAAUGGCCGAGGGAGAAAGGCACCGCCGAGGCGGUCUUUGUGUGUAUUAUCGUGCGGAAGAUGCCGUAAAGGACGAGGCUUUGGAUCUGAUAGCUGUUGAACCACUUCGGCAGGCCGAGAUACCUGCAAGAUCAAGUCACGGGCUAUCAAAAUUGCUCAUGUCUAUGGGGAUGAAUACCGUGAAAGAAAACCUGGAACGUGAUAAAGGUUUCCUUCUUCGUCGUUCCUUUGCGAAACGACAAACCACACAAGCCAAGAUGUUGGCUGGCUACCGCGACGCACACCUCUACAUUUUCCCCUACUGGGUUAGGGAUCUUGCACGCCGUCAGGAAAGACUAGUGUCCAUUAGCGAAGAUCUCAUUGGACUCUGGGCCAAAUCUGUAUGGCAGCGGGGACUGCAUGAAAAGCUAGGAAUGGAUCCUUGUUUGAGCCAGCAAAAAGAAAGCCAUGAAGAGAACGACUACCGGGAAUUGAGCACUAUCACCCACCAACCACCACGGAACGACAUCCCGGAAGUACCACCUCUGCUGGCAUAUUUGCAUACAGGAUCUACGCCACUUAUCCGACGUGUUGACAAUCCUGGCCUUCUCCUAUCUACCUCCCUUCGUUUAGCCAAACUAGAAUCCAUUGAAGAGGUCGGCCAUACAGCCACUCAACCCCCGUUCGCUCACGACCGAAAGAUUGCCUCCCCUGAAUGUGUGACUUCGAACUGUUUUAUUUCGAAGACCGACUGUGUCCUUGGAUCCAAUGUGAUUGUCGAGAGACAUUCUGUUAUAAAGGAAUCGUGUAUUGGCCCAAACUCUAAAAUCUGCAGCGGUGCUCGAAUCACGGGAUGCGUCAUUCUUGAUAACGUUGUGAUUGGAGAAAGGUGUGUGCUAACUGGAUGUGUAGUUGGGAGCCGUAGUUAUAUUGGCAAUGACUCGGUGCUUAAGUAUUGUGAGGUUCAGGAGGGUAAUGUUGUUCCUGAACAAACUGAGGCUAAGAACGAGAAGUUUAUGCCACUUUUUGAAGAUCUCGAGGAGGAGGAUAUGGACAACUCUGGCAUGUUUGCGAAUAGUUGCUAG